AAAAAAACUUGUUGUCUUGGCGGCGGGGGGGCGGGGCGGGGGGGGCGGCGGGGGGGGGGCGGGGGGCGGGGCGGGGGGGGGGGGGGGGGGGGGGGGCGGGCGGGGGGGGGGGGGCGGGCCGGGGGGGGCGGGGGGGGGCGGGGGGCGGGCGGGGGGGGGGGGGGGGGGGGGCGGGCGGGGGGGGGCGGGGGGGGCGGGGGGGGGGGGGGGGGCGGGGGGGGGGGGGGGGGGGGGGGGGCGGGGGGGGGGGGAGGGGGGGGGGCGGGGGGGGGGGGGGCGGGGGGGGGGGGGGGGGGGGGGGGGGGGGGGGGGGGGGGGGGGGGGGGGGGGGGGGGGGGGGGGAGGGGGGGGGGGGGGGGGGGGGGGGGGGGGGGGGGGGGGGGGGCGGGGGGGGGGGGGGGGGGGGGGGGGGGGGGGGGGGGCGGGGGGGGGGGGGGGGGGGCGGGGGGGGGGGCGGGGGGGGGGGGGGGGGGGGGGGGGGGGGGGCGGGGGGGGGGGGGGGGGGGGGGGGGGGGGCGGGGGGGCGGGGGGGGGCGGGGCGAGGGGGGGGGGGGCUGA